GCUGCUUGAAGCAGACAGAGAUCUCGCCUGCGUUCCGUGGGCUACUGAACUGGUAAAAUAGCCAUGGAGCUGUCAGGCGUUGUUCUUGGCGCCGCCGCCCUGGUACACCUUCCUACGGUAUUGGCAUUCAGCCUGCCCUUGUCACCGUCUGGCCGAGACUGGAACGACUACACAGCGCAGCAUGUGGGGAAGUGGCGCGGCUUGUGGACCACAUAUGAUUCUGCUGGCGUGGAACGUGGAGAUCCUGACCGCAUGGACACCACGAUCUCGCUGUCGGCCGAUGGGAAAACCGUAGCACAUGUCAACACCCUGUUCGUGGGUUCGGUGGGGUCUGACUGUUCCACAUGCCACGACAGUGUGGAAACCCGAGAUAUUCCAGCCGGGCAGUAUACCACGGAGACGUUUCGGCACCGAGCUUCUUCCGGCUGCUAUUUGUUUGGACCGGGUGUCACUAGAGGAGGGGACAUGACGACUGAGUUGGGGUUCAGGUUGGACGAGGACCGACGGGUUAGGGUACUCGUUUCUCACCGACCACAGGCCAACGGGGUCGAACCACCCCUACAGCUCGCGCUGCAGCGAAUAGUCGUUGUUCGAGAAACUCUUGCAGCACAACGGCAGACUCCGCCUUCGGCUUCUUCGUGCUGGUCUUUUGAUCGACCGAGCUGGCUUGGCCUUUGGCGUGGCCACGAGAUGGUCCUCGAUGGCGGUGGUGGCGAUGCGGACGAUGGUUUGUCGUGGAAAGAGAAAGCGCUGCCUCCGACACAUCUGCGUAGGUGCCGCUGCUCAGGUGCAGCAAUUGAAGACGAUGACUCGCAUGCCUCUUUCGAGCUGGAUGGUGGAAUUCUCCUCGAGGCGCCGAAAAUAGUGGAUGCGGGGAAGCCGGCGGAGUUGUCAGUACGUUGCGCGAUUGGCCGAAAGAGCAAAGCUGCAACACCGAACCGUAUUGUACAAGCAAAGGUACGGUUGGAAGCCCUUAGCAGAGUUGUUGAAACCGUACGGUCGGCAGCGGGAGAAAACGUACGAGUCGCUCCCCCUAAGCUCCUUCAACUUUCUGUUCAUAGCUUGACACCGGUAGAGUCUGCAGGGCUAAAAUGA